AUGCGCGAGCUCGUGCACGUCCAGGGCGGCCAGUGCGGCAACCAGAUCGGUGCCAAGUUCUGGGAGGUCAUCGCUGACGAGCACGGAAUCGAUCCCACAGGAACCUACCAUGGGGAUUCCGACCUGCAGCUGGAGCGCAUCAACGUGUACUUCAACGAGGCGACAGGAGGACGCUACGUUCCUCGUGCGGUCCUGAUGGAUCUUGAGCCAGGAACCAUGGACUCUGUCCGAGCCGGGCCGUUUGGUCAGCUCUUCCGUCCCGACAAUUUCGUCUUUGGUCAGACAGGAGCUGGCAACAACUGGGCCAAGGGUCACUACACUGAGGGCGCAGAACUUAUCGACUCGGUGCUCGAUGUCGUGCGCAAGGAGGCAGAAGGCUGCGACUGCCUCCAGGGCUUUCAGCUCUGCCAUUCCCUCGGUGGCGGAACCGGCGCUGGCAUGGGCACUCUGCUCAUCUCCAAGGUGCGAGAAGAGUACCCCGACCGCAUCAUGGAGACCUUCUCGGUGAUUCCGUCGCCCAAGGUCUCCGACACGGUGGUAGAGCCGUACAAUGCCGUCCUGAGCUUUCACCAGCUUGUGGAGAACUCCGAUGAGUCCUUUCUGCUGGACAACGAAGCGCUCUACGACAUCUGCUUCCGAACACUGAAGCUGACGACGCCAACGUACGGUGACCUGAACCACUUGGUCUCCGCGGCGAUGAGCGGUGUGACCUGCUGCUUGCGCUUCCCAGGACAGUUGAACUGUGAUCUGCGCAAGAUUGCCGUCAACCUGGUGCCUUUCCCGCGCCUGCACUUCUUCAUGACGGGCUUCGCCCCGCUGACCUCCCGCGGGUCGCAGCAGUACCGGGCCCUGACCGUACCCGAGCUGACCCAGCAAAUGUUCGACGCAAAAAACAUGAUGUGUGCUGCGGACCCGCGCCACGGCCGCUACCUGACUGCUGCAGCCCUUUUCCGUGGCCGCAUGUCCACGAAGGAGGUGGAUGAGCAGAUGCUCAACGUCCAAAACAAGAACUCCUCCUAUUUCGUGGAGUGGAUCCCCAACAACAUCAAGGCGUCCGUUUGCGAUAUCCCUCCAAAAGGUCUCAAGAUGGCUGUCGCCUUUGCGGGUAAUUCGACCGCCAUCCAGGAGAUGUUCAAGAGGGUGGCCGAGUACUUCACGGCCAUGUUCCGCCGCAAAGCCUUCUUGCAUUGGUACACCGGUGAAGGCAUGGAUGAGAUGGAGUUUACCGAGGCAGAGUCGAACAUGAACGACCUGGUGUCGGAGUACCAGCAGUACCAGGACGCUACCGCCGAGGAGGAAGGUGAGUUCGAUGAGGAGGAGGGCGAGUACGACGGCUAA